AUGCAGAACCACUGUACUGAAUUUUAUGGCUGGGUCAAUCCUAGAGGUAAAGGGAGGCCGUCAAUAGGAUAUCUGACGGCCGAUCCUCUGCCGUGGAUAGAAGGUGUUGCAUGUCAACGAUUCUUUCCUUCUCGGGAAGGUAGCAAAUGGUUCCAAGUCAACAUACAGACAAAAGGACGGGCAGACAGAUCGAAAGCAAAGUCGAGUACCAAGAAGCCGCAAGAAACACCCCAUGUUCUCACAUCUGAGGCAUCCACCCAUCUACAACAAGUCAUAGACCGGGAAGCCAGAUAUCGAGAAGCUUUGGGCCAGCCCCGAAUAAAUAUCAAUGACACAGGAACCGACAUAUUUGCCGCUACUAGCUUGUGGCUAGACAGAACACAAUGGCCUUCUAUCUACCGAGGAUCCCGACGAGACGUCCUGCGAGCGUUGAUCAGACUACCCGAUCGCCACUCUCUCAACACAGACUACACCUUGGGACAGGGCAUUUCGGAAGGCACGCCGAACCUUGUAAGCCCACAAGAGGACGAACAGAAGAUCUCAUGCAUCAUGAGAGCACUUGACUUGGUAAUAGACCGUUGUGAGGAUACGGUUCGCUGUACCAGUCACAAUCUUCGGUGCUGGCUGCUCAGCUCGAGGCUCCACAGCCGUCGGGAGAUCGCUUUCAACCUGGUGGCAGAGAAGAGUAGCGAGAUCAGAUAUCGAAGGACUCAGGAGCAAUUCUUGGCUUUUAUCCUGCGAAUGUACCGAAUGCAGGGUGACUGUCGACGAGGAGUGAUGAAUGCGAAGAUCAAGCCCGAGAUCUCCACACAGCUAGAUCGCAUUUGGGAGCACACAGCUUGGAACUAUCUUGACGCAUCGAAGGGAACUUGGCCGGUCAUGGAAAGACAGGGAGCUCCCCUAGUAGGAAUACACUGUGGCCUUAUGGGUGGCCAAUCCAUUGGCAUUGCUCUCAACACUCGAGCUUGUCAGGGAUCAGAUGGGGAAGAAGGUGCCGAGGACGACGACAUAGAUGAUGAGAACGUUGAAGUUUGGGAACUCGAGGAUGACGAGGACGAUGAGGACGACGAGAGCGACUAUGAUGAUUCUGGACAUUAUGACGAUGUUGAGAGGAACACAGCUGGAACCCAUCAGGACCUAUUCUCGGGGGUAUCGGGGGGCUCUGCUGCAUCUGCAUUCGGACAGUUCCUUGAACUCUUGUUCCAGCUGUGUAUCAUGCUCAAUACUGAACCUUUUCUCAACGGGCAACCAAGUUCUACGCUACUUGUAUACUUCAGCGGUAUUCUUGGAUUUUCCACUGAUUGCCGGAGAUUCCAGCUCGCUCGACAGUAUUGUACAAAACUCUCAGCGAUGAUCUAUAUGCAGCGUAUAUUAUUCCUGGAGCAAGCAUUGCCUUUGCGUGGAUAUCAAUUCAUCGGCAUUCCUCGACGGCAGGAAGUCGGGGCUUUCGAGUGUCUCGACGAAGUCCGAGCCAAGUAUAUGGUUCUAGGCUCGCAGUACCCUAGUCCUACAGUCCAAAAUCAACUCUAGUAGAGUUGAUUUUAUUGACCCACUUUAAACCUAGUAGGGUUGAUUAUUGCCAG